AUAUGGCAGAGUUUCCAGUGGAAUUUGCUAUAGAAACCUUGUCCUCCUUACUUGUCCAAGAAACCAAGUUGUUGGGAAGUGUAAAGAAAGAAGUUGAAAGCAUUAAAAGGGAAUUGGAGUUCAUCAGAUCUUUCCUCAGGGACGCAGAUACAAGGGCAUCAGCCGCAGAAGAAGGAGAAAGAGAAAGCAAUGGAGGUGUUGUAAGUACUUGGGUAAAACAUGUAAGGGAAGAAGCUUAUCACAUUGAAGACAUCAUAGAUGAGUACAUACUUAACAAGGCGAAGCAUGGGGGCAAAGGUCUCACUGGUUUCCUUCAUAAAAUGUGUUGCUUCAUGAAUGAACUUACGGUGCGCCAUGGAAUUUCAUCUGAGAUUAAAGAUAUCAAAUCAUCAGUUGCUGAGAUAAAGGAAAGAGUGGAACGCUAUAACUUGAGGCCCAUAGAUCAGGGAUAUGUUAUACCUCACGACUCUCGAGUUCAAUUCUUUUUCAUCCAAGACGCUGAACUUGUGGGCAUCGAAUCUGAUAGAGACCAAUUGAUUGGUUUGUUAGUAAGUGGAACAUCUGACCGUUUAGUGGUUGCAGUUGUGGGCGAAGGAGGACUUGGCAAGACCACUCUUGUCGGGAAAAUUUAUGAGAAUGAUAAGAGUGAAGAAGCAUUUCGAUUGCCAGGCUCGGAUCACGGUUGGGAAAGAAUGCACCAAAAUGGAUAUACUAAGAAAAACUAUACAAGCAUUUGAGGGUGUGACAGGGUCUACUCAUGGAGAGAUGGACAAAAUGGAAGAGAACGAUCUGCUUGCCACACUGCAGGGAAAAUUAAAAGACAAGUGUUACAUGGUUGUGUUCGAUGACGUGUGGAAACCUGAUUUUUGGGGAUAUAUAGAGUACGCUUUAAUUGAGAACAACAAAAGCAGUAGAAUUAUGCUCACAACCAGAAACAAGGACGUUGUUGAGCGGAUUCCUCAUGUUAAAAUCCACAGGCUACAACCCUUGCCUUCAGAUAAGGCUUUUGAACUUUUUUGUAGAAAGGCUUUUGGUCCUCAGAGGUGUUGUCCCCCCGAGUUGGAGAAACUGUCUUUUGACAUCCUUCGGAAAUGUGGAGGUUUACCACUAGCAAUUGUUACCGUAGGUGGUCUUCUCUCAAACAAGAACAAGGUUGCCUUUGAAUGGAAAAAAUUACUUGAAAACUUGGGGUCACAGUUGGGAAGCGAUUCCCAUCUCAAAAGAGUUUUAUUAGAAGGUUAUUAUGGUCUACCUUACCAUCUCAAACCUUGUCUCUUGUAUUUCGGUUUUUUUCCAGAAAGCUACGAAAUCAAUUGUGCAAGACUGAUUCGCCUAUGGAUUGCUGAGGGCUUUGUCCCUUAUUCCCAAUGUCCCACAUCUGAACAUUGUGCUGAAAAAUUCUUGAAUGAUCUCAUUAACAGAAGCUUGGUUCAAGUGGUAGAGACGGAUUUCAGUGGAAGAUCACCCAGAUAUUGUCGAGUCCAUGAUCUGAUGCAUGAGGUUAUCCGUGGAAAGGCCAAAUAUUGGGGCUUCUCUCAUUUUAUGAACAGAGAACACUCAAAUCUCCCUAGCAAAAUUCGACGCAUUUCAAUACAAGGAAGUAUCAAUAGUGUUCUUGAGAGCAUCAGAGACUCAAAGAUACGUUCUGUUUCUCUUUUCAAUGUUGAUAAUAUGUCUAACUCCUUCAUGACUACACUUAUUGUGGAUUUCAAACUUAUAAAAGUACUUGAUUUUGAAGAUAGUCCUAUAGAGUAUCUUCCUAAAGAAGUGGGAAACCUCUUCCAUUUGCACUACUUAAGUGUGAAAAAUACAAGAGUAAGUGUACUUCCCAGGUCCAUUGGUAAGCUUCUCAACUUGGAGACAUUGAAUUUGAAGCGAUCUCUUGUGAGUAUGCUCCCAGUUGAAAUCAAGAAUCUGAAAAAAUUGCGCUAUCUGGUGGCAUACAUUUCGGGCGAGUAUUGUACUUAUGGAAGAGUAGUGAAAAUACCCGAGGGCGUUGGUUCUUUAAUGGAGCUGCAGAAGCUAUUUUUGGUGGAAGUUAACUUUAAGGAACUCAAAGAGCUUACGAAGCUAAGGAAUCUGAGAAAGUUGGGAAUUAGGGUCACAAAUGGAAAUGAAACGGAUCCAUAUGCUUGCAUUGGAAAUUUGGAAAAACUUGUAUGUCUGUCUAUAGAGGUGACAAGUAGAGAAGAAAUUCUUGAUAUAGAAUCGAUGACUUCUCCUCCGGUAGGUCUUGAACGCCUCUACUUAAAAGGAAAUAUGAAGAAACUGCCAGAUUGGAUUUUUAAACUUGAAUAUAUUGUCAGAAUUGGUUUGGAAUUGUCAGGAUUAACUGAUGACCCCUUAAAAGUCCUUCAAACCCUGCCUAAUUUAUUGGAGCUUAUGUUGUGGGACACAUGCCAUGAUGAGCAAUUACAUUUCAAAGAAGAUUGGUUUCCAAAGCUAAAAAUUUUGGACCUCAUUGACUUAAAAGGAGUGGAAUCGAUGAUUAUAGACAAAGGUGCAAUGCCUAACCUUGAAGACUUACGUAUUGGACCGUGCCCUCGGUUGAAAGAGAUUCCAAUUGGAAUUGAACAUCUAAGAAAUCUAAGGAUUCUUGUGUUUCGUCGUAUGUUGAAAGAAAUUUAUUACAUGAUAAAAGACGGGAAAUGGAAGGAAGUUACUCAACAUAUACCGGAAAUCCGUGUCACUUUCAUAAUGAAUGGAAAAAUGUUUUAUCACACUACUAAGCAUCUCUCGUCUGUUUUGCCUGAGGAUUUUGAGAAUUAUAUGAAAGAAGUGAAAUAACAAGUCAUCUCAUCUAUUAAUCGCAGAAGAAGUGUCUUGGAUUGUAAGAAUAUCGUGAUUGAAUCGUCCUCCACAUGAAUAAACCAGGUAAUUCCAGGAUUUUAUGUACUUCUUUCUUGUGAAGGGUGUAGUAUUGCUGGCAAUAUCUGGCAAUGUGUGAUUGUUGUGUUGUCUGGGUAAUGGUAGUAGAGAUGAAGUAUUACUUUCAGCUGUUCAUCAAUUUUCUUGUGUAAUAUGUAAAAUACAUUUGAUUUGGCAUGUUUCUUCAACUUUUGAUUGGCUGAUGUUAUUGUAAUGGUUGUUUUGUUUGUUAAUUUACGUAAACCAUGUUGUUUUAUUUCUUAUCUUGGGAUUUUUCUCUUUCAACGGAAGUUUAUUGGUGGCUAUUUCCAUUUGAAGUUCAAGAAAGUAUGACCCCUCUGCCAAUAGUAAACAACUCUCCUGAUUCACCAUGUUUCCAUUUAUUGGGUCUGUUUUAUUCUAUGAAUCUGCAUGUACUUGAUUUAAUUGUUUUA